AUGGCGGACCCAUCCACGUCGCCGCCCCUGACGCGGGCCUCGGUGGCAGCGGCCCGGGAGCUUAUCAAGCCGUUCGUGCACCGGACGCCGGUAGUAACGAGCACGUCGCUGUCGGCGCUAGCUUCCGGCGCGGAUGCAGAUGCGGGAAAGGCAAGCCCGAAGCUGAGGCUCUGGUUCAAGUGCGAGAACUUCCAGAAGGUGGGCGCCUUUAAGGCCCGCGGCGCGUUCCAUGCCAUCGAGAGGCUGAAGCAAGAACCCGGCUGGUUGGAGGGGGGAGGGGCGGAGAAGGGCGUUGUUACGCAUAGUUCUGGGAACCACGCACAAGCGCUCGCCCUCGCAGCCCGCGCCAACGGUAUCCCCGCGCACAUCGUGAUGCCCACGAUCUCGGCGCCGCCCAAGAUCGCCGCGACCAAGGGCUACGGCGCCCAUGUGAUUUUCAGCGGCAGCACGAGCGUCGAGCGCGAGGCCGUCACCGCCCAGGUCGUCGAGGACACCGGCGCGCGCCUCGUGCCGCCCUACGACCACCCGGAUAUUAUCCUGGGCCAGGGCACGCUGGGCCUCGAGUUCCAGGAGCAGGUCGAGGCUCUGAUGAUGGCCGAGGAGGACGAGAAGCUGGGGCCGGGAAAGAAGACGAGGAGGAGCAAGAAAGGGCUUGAUGCCAUUAUUGCCCCUUGUGGCGGCGGCGGUAUGCUCUCCGGUGUAGCCCUCUCCUGCGAAGGCACCGGGAUCCGGGUCUUCGGCUCGGAGCCCUCGUUCCAGGGCGCCGACGACGCAAAGCGAGGCUACGAGUCGGGCACCCGCGUGGAAGCCGUGUCUUCGCUAACCGUGGCGGAUGGUCUGCGCACACCGCUCGGCCGUAUCCCCUGGUCCGUCAUCUACGAGCGCCGCCUCGUGUCCGGCUUUUACAGCGUCAGCGAGGCCGACAUCAUCCGUGCGCUACGCCUCGCCUACGAGCGGCUCAAGGUCGUUAUCGAGCCUAGCUCCGCCGUGCCCCUCGCCGUCGCCCUGUAUAAUGAAGACUUUAGGGAAAUGGUCGAACGCGAAGCGGGCGAGGACGGUUGGGAUGUGGGUAUUGUGUUUAGCGGAGGGAAUGUCAGUUUAGAGGCUUUGGGUAAGCUAUUCGCCGAGAGUCCUGAAAUAGCCAAGUAA